ACACACACACACACACACACACACACACACACACACACACACACACACACACACACACACAUUUCACACACAUUUUAAAGUUUGGGACUGAAUUUUUUUUUCCUGCUCAUUAUAACUUAUUUAAUCAUAAGUAGAGUAAAAACUGUGAAAUAUUAUUGUAAUUUCUGUUGUUAUUCAUCUGUUUUGUCUGUGAAUGUGUGUUAAAAUGUAAUUUAUUUCUGUCAAGUGAAUUAUUUGUAUUACUCCAGUCUUCAGUGUCACAUAAUUCUUCAGAAAUAGAAAUCUACUGUAAUAUUAUAAAUGUCUAAACUGACACUUUCAAUCCAUUUAAUGCAUCCUUAAUGAAUAAAGUCUUAGUAUUGGUGUUGUAUCUCAAGCAGCUUUUUCUGUUUAAACCCCAAAAACAAAAGAAGUGAUGCCUGUGAGGUUGUGGCUAAAUGUACACUGUAUAAAUGAUUUUUAAAGUAGUCAAUAAAACAAAGAUUAUUGGAAUCUGAGUUUUAUUUGAUCCACACUUUGAUUCGAUGUGUUUCUUGCUGCUUCUUUGUGAUCCUCUGUGAGUUUUCCAGCAGGAAGUGAGCUGAUGUUUGUGAUGUGUGUGUAACGAAGCGGAUCGAAGGACGUCCCAGCACCGCUUUAAAGCAGCGAGCGUCCGGUGUGUGUCCAGUCCGCUCCAGUCCCAGCAUCAUGAAGCAUCACUGCAUCAUCAAACACAGCGUCUUCAAAGAGUUCCUGGCCGAGUUCCUCGGGACCUUUGUGCUGGUGUUAUUCGGCUGUGGCUCGGUCGCUCAGACAGUGUUGAGCAGAAACACUCUCGGUGAACCUCUGACCGUCCACAUCGGCUUCAGCACUGGACUCAUGAUGGGUGUCUACGUGUCCGGCGGCGUGUCGGGCGGUCACCUGAACCCCGCCGUGUCUCUGGCCAUGGUCAUCCUGGGGAAGCUGAAGAUCUGGAAGUUUCCCGUCUAUGUGACGGCGCAGAUGCUGGGAGCGUUUGUGGGAGCGGCUGCUGUCUUUGGAUUGUAUUACGAUGCCUUCAUGGACUUCACCAGCGGGAUCCUGUCGGUCACAGGGAUUAAUGCCACCGGACACAUCUUCGCCUCGUACCCCGGCAGACACCUGACAGUCCUGGGCGGAUUCGUGGAUCAGGUGGUGGGGACGGGAAUGCUGGUCCUGUGUAUUCUGGCGGUGGUGGACGGCAGGAACAUGGGCGCUCCUCGAGGCGUGGAGCCGCUGGCCGUGGGGCUGAUCCUGCUGGGCAUCAGCGUCUCUAUGGGACUGAACUGUGGUUACCCUCUGAACCCUGCCAGAGACCUGGGCCCUCGGCUCUUCACCGCCGCCGCUGGAUGGGGCAUGGAGGUCUUCAGCACUGCAGAUUACUGGUGGUGGAUCCCUGUCGCCGGGCCGCUGGUAGGGGGCAUCGCCGGAGCUGUGAUCUACUUCCUGUUGAUUGAGCUUCAUCACACCAACCACAGCGACAAACCUCACGAAGAACCAGAGGAAGAGGAGGAUGAGGAGGAAGAUGAGGACAGCAGCCUGAAGGACAAAUACGAGAUGAUCAACAUGAACUAGAAAACCCAGAUCAGUAGAAUUCCCGCCGUCAAGUAAAGCUGGUAAACUCUAUACACACGCUGUUUACGUGAGUAAACUCAUCAGUGACCUCCAUCCACCUUCAGAGCUCAGAUAAUCAAUGGGUUUUCACUGAUUGAUUCAUGUAAGUGCUUUAAAUACGAGCUGCACAUCUCUAAACCCAUCUUUCCCAUAAUCCCCCACUGCACGUACCAUUUGAUUGUAUUUUGCUGAUGGUUAAUACUAUAUUAUGCCGAACCCCAAACAACCGACUCAAUGGCUUUUAUACGUUUAAAGUGAUUGUCUGUCAGGAACUGUUCGUAUUAAAGCAAGAAUCACCAAACAAAAGCAUGCUGACAUCACUGAUCAUGAAACAGAGGCAUCAUGCUUGUCUGAGCACGACCAUCAUUUCACACGCGUUCAUAUUAUGGUUCAACUAAAGAUUGUCUACGAGAGGUUUUCCACUAGAUCACCAUUUUUGAGUUUUAAUGUUACAUUUGAGUUUUAUUUCACCUUGUUGUUAUUCAUAUGUUGUCUGUGAUAUUUAUGGUCAUGUGUUUGUAGGUCAGACUUCUUUUAUUGACUUGUUUUUGGAAGUCUUUCGAAAAAAGUAGACUUCAACUGUAUAUUUGUGUUUUUUGCUGAAAUAAACUGAACUUUUGCUGAACUUUUGCAGCAGAUUGUCGUGCUUAGAAACACACAGAUGUCUGAACAAAUCUGCUGCUGUCUACUGAGGGUGGAUGACAGAUGAAAGCAUUAUCAUUUUA